AUGAAACAGAGGUGUCAGUUAAAGGAGAAAGUUGAAUCUUUUUAUGAAAGAGACGAUGUUAGCCGCUGCAUGCCAGGUAAACAGGAUGUUACAAAAAGUAAUAACGGCGAAAAGAAGCAAGUUCGUAUCCUAAAUGAUUAUCUGUCCAAUCUGCACGAGAAAUUUUGUGCUGAAUCACCCGGUUCGAAGUGCUCACUGUCUCAGUUUUGUAAACUGCGACCUCGUCAUGUUAAACUGACUUGUUUGAUUUCGCGCAAUACAUGCCUCUGCACAACUCAUCAAAACAUGGCCUUGAAGUUAAAGUCAUUGAGAUCUGUUAACGUUAACAUUAGUCCAAACCCUGAGGUUGUCAGCAAAGCCGUCAAUGAAGGUCAAAUGAAAACAUUGCUAUCCAGUAUAACUGAUGAUGAUGUUGAGUUUGAAUCCUGGCAGAGAGUUCUAUGCAAAGAUGGGAAAAAUCGUAUGCGAAUUGUAAAAACAACUGUUAAACGACAAGACUAUAUUGAAUCUACAAUGAAACAGUUUGAGUUAUUUUUGCAGCAUGUUGACCGAGUGCGCCAUCAAUACAGAUCCGCUGCUGAACUAAAAGCAAAACUCCCAAUUAAUGAGGUGGUAGUGCAAAUGGACUUUGCUGAAAACUUGGCUUGCCAGACAGCAGACGAAAUACAGAGCGCAUAUUGGAACUGUACUAAUGUAACUUUACACCCGGUUGUGGCGCACAGGAAAUUAACAAAUGGUAUCAUUGAGCACAGCAAUUAUGUUUUUGUAUCUGACGUAAACCAACAUAACUCUCGGGCCGUCGUGGCUAUCAUUCAAAAGUUGGUUCCCUUACUUAAGGCUAAUUUACCAACACUGACAAAAAUCCAUUACUGGACGGACUCGCCGACAUCACAAUACCGCAACCGAUAUAUAUUUGAUAUAUUGUGCCGACACGAGUCCAUGUUUGGUAUAAAGGCGGUGUGGAAUUAUUUUGAAAGUGGACACGGAAAGGGUCCUUGUGACGGAAUUGGUGGCGCAGCAAAGCGACAAGCGUCAGAUGCAAUUAAGCAGGGAAAGGUUUCAAUACAAGAUGCUACUGAGUUCUUUGAUUGGGCAUCAACUCACGAGAAGAAAAUUAAAUAUGUCUUUUACUCGCAAGAAGACUAUGACACAGCUGACGCUUUGAUAAAAGAGAGACAUACAGGCCCGGUUUCGGGCACCAUGAGAUUACACGCCGUAGUACCUUCUGACAGCUAUUCACUGUACACCCGUGAAGUGUCCCGUUACUGUCAACAGUGCUUGGGUGGUUCAUUGUGUGAUAGUUGGAGCAAACACCAACUGAUAGAAAUCGAACAAGCAUCAAAUGUCAAACAGUCAGGCGAAAUAAUGCUUAAUGACCCCGAAGCAGAACCAAAAACAAGUACCGAGGUGGAAUCCUUAGAGCAAGAUUUUGAAAUAGGCACAUUCGUCGCUGCAACUUACAAUAAAAGGUGGUACAUUGGAAAUAUUAUGGAUAUGGACGACAGUGAUGGUGAAGUUCACAUAAGUUUCAUGACUGAGAGUGUUGGUAAAACAGGCAUAACUUAUAAAUGGCCAGAGCCCUGUGACGAUCUUUGGGUUCCUAAGGAAAGUAUAAUUUGUAAAAUAGCAGCUCCUUUAGCUGUCGGUAGAUCGAAAAGAGCCUAUGUACUUGAUGAAAGUACAGUUCAUCAUAUUAAUGAUAAGUUCAAUAAUAAAUGA